AUGCCAGGACCUGAUGUAAGAGCGGAUAACAAUGUACUUGGCGAGAUGUCUACGGAACCCACGACAACUGUGCAUAGCGGCGUGGAAGCUAAAACUGACAGAAAGCUAACUGUAUUGGAAACUCAUGGAUAUGUAUUAGGCCGAACAAUAGGUUCUGGUUCUUACGCUACCGUUAAGGUAGCUUCAAGCGACAGACACAACUGUCAAGUGGCAAUAAAAAUAAUAAGCAAGUUUCAAGCGCCCGGCGACUACCUGAAAAAGUUCUUACCGAGAGAAAUAGAAGUUGUGAAAGGUUUAAAGCAUGAAAAUUUAAUACGUUUCCUACAAGCAAUCGAAACAACGCACAGAGUUUACAUCGUGAUGGAGUACGCUGAGAACGGUAGUCUGCUGGACAUUAUACGGAAGGAUCAGCACAUUGACGAAACGCGCGGCCGACGAUGGUUCCGACAACUUGUGGAAGCAGUCGAUUACUGUCACGACAGAGGAGUUGUUCACCGAGGUCAUAUGAAACCAAAGAACGGCGUGUAUUCCUUAAGCGAGACCUUCUGUGGGAGUUAUGCCUACGCCUCGCCGGAGAUUCUAAAAGGGGUACCGUACAGACCCCAGGACUCUGAUAUCUGGAGCAUGGGUGUCGUUCUCUACGCCAUUGUGUACGGUCGCCUGCCUUUUGAUGACACCAACUAUACCCAACUCCUUAAGGUACAGAACAAGGUGUCGUUCCCGCGCGAGCCGAAAGUGUCAGCCGAGUGCCGCAAGCUCAUCACUAAGAUCCUGUCACCGCUUAAGAUGCGCGUCAAGAUACCGCAGAUACUGGCUGAUCCCUGGCUCAAUCCAAACCAGUCGGCCAAAGAAGAUAACGAACCACCGCAGGAACAUGCACAUUCCAGUAAGGACGAAAUAAAGAGUGUGAAUAUCGGCACCGUUACAUACGACAGACAUUUGGAGGAAGUAAAA